AGCCCUAAACGUAGCAAGACGCCGGGACGUCUCCUCUGACGCUUUUUAAAGCGACACCAACCGCUUCAGUGGCAGCAGCCUCGUUCUCGCCAGACGUCCGAGUGCUUCAGCGUUAAUUCAGCUAAACUACAAAACCAACAUUAAAUCGCUACAGACGCCUGCCGUCAGUUAAACAUGGCCAGUACAGAGGGAAGUAAACUCUGGGGAGGUCGAUUUGUUGGAGACACCGAUCCUAUUAUGGAGAAGUUCAAUGCCUCAAUCGCUUAUGACCAGAGGAUGUGGGAUGCAGACAUCCGUGGGAGCAAGGCUUACGUUAAAGCUCUGGAGAGGGCAAAGCUUGUCAGCACGGACGAAAUGGAGCAGAUCUUACACGGGAUGGCUCAGAUUUCUGAUGAGUGGUCUAGAGGUGUUUUUGUCAUCAAACCCGGAGAUGAAGAUAUUCAUACCGCCAAUGAGCGCAGACUAAAGGAGCUGAUUGGUGCACCUGCAGGGAAGCUGCACACAGGCAGGAGCAGGAAUGACCAGGUGGUGACUGACAUGAGGUUGUGGCUGCGAAGCGCAAUCUCAACCCUUACGGACAACGCGCUUCAGUUGAUAACUACCAUGGUGGAGCGGGCGGCAGCAGAAAUUGAAGUCCUUUUUCCUGGUUACACCCACAUGCAGAGGGCACAGCCAAUCAGAUGGAGCCACUGGAUUCUGAGCCACGCUGUUGCCCUCAGCAGAGAUGUGGAGCGGCUUCAGGAGCUCAAGAAAAGAGUUAACGUUUUACCUCUCGGCAGUGGCGCCAUCGCUGGGACUCCAUUCGACAUCGACAGAGAGCUCCUGCAGAGAGAGCUGGGGUUUGAUAGCAUCAGUCUAAACAGCAUGGAUGCCACAGGCCAAAGAGACUUUGUUGCUGAGUUCUUGUUCUGGGCUUCGUUGUGUUUGACCCAUCUCAGUAAGAUGGCCGAGGACCUGAUACUGUACAGCACAAAAGAGUUCUCCUUCAUCACGCUCUCUGAUGCCUACAGCACCGGCAGCAGUCUGAUGCCCCAGAAAAAAAAUGCUGACAGUUUGGAGCUGAUCAGGAGUAAAGCAGGUCGUGCCUUUGGCAGGUGUGCGGGCUUCAUGAUGACGCUGAAGAGCCUACCGAGCACGUACAACAAGGACCUACAGGAGGAUAAGGAGGCCAUGUUUGACUGUUAUGAUAAUGUUCAGGCUGUGCUGCAGGUGACCACCGGAGUCAUGUCAACUCUGAAGAUCAAUCAGACUGUGAUGGAAGCUGCUCUCAGUCCUGACAUGCUGGCUACUGAUCUGGCCUACUACCUUGUGAGGAAGGGGGUCCCAUUCAGAGAGGCCCAUGGUCUCUCUGGCAAAGCUGUGUUUACAGCUGAAUCCAAAAACAUUGCCCUGAAUCAGCUCACUGUGGAAGAUCUCACUGCUAUAAGCCCUCUGUUUGGAAGUGACGUGUCCUCAGUGUGGGACUACAGGAGCAGUGUGGAGCAGUACAGCGCCCCUGGAGGCACAGCUAAGAGUAGCGUCGCUGCACAGGUGGAGCAUCUGAGGAACUGGCUGAAGAAACACGCACAGUGACCUCUCGGUGUCACUCGGUGUAACCUUUAGAAUCAGAUUUGCAGAGCGAGGUUGAAGUGAAAUCUUUAUACUUUGAGAACCACAUUGCUUCCCAAACAUUUCAUUCGUCUCCGUUUAAUAUGGAGUGCCAUUUCCAUCCUGUGCAAACAUGAGAUGUUUGUCAUUGAUUGUGUACAAACUGGAAACUGACCAGUUUUAAAUACCUGAAAAGAAAAUAAAUAGUGCCAUGACAGGUUGAUUAAGUCUGAUUUCCACCACAAAAACAUCUGAUGUGAUUUACUUUACUCUCUAGCCAUCCUAAAGACACACACAGCCUAUUUUACUGCACAGACAAGAACGUGUAUUUACUUAUGUCACUCAAGUGGAUCCAACAUUACUUUAUGGCAGGUUUAUGCAGGAUUCACACCUGCGCUGACAAUUGAGAGAAACUCUGAGGUGCCUGUUUAUUUAAAUGCUCCAGUGUGGCCGUUAACCAGUGAAGUCAUGUAAUGCAAGCAUGGUUUCCUGUUGUAUAUGAACAAAGUUACCAACAGUCAGCUAUGAUAAACACAACUGACCGGGGCAGAAUGAACUGCAAGGCAGAUUUAUUUCCAUGGUGCUUAAAACAGUCAGUUUCAUUCAUUUUAAACUGAUCUAAUUGAAUCUGUAGAAAUCCAAAUUGGUGAAUACUCAAUAUAAAAUCAGUCUCACUCAA